AAAAUGGUUUCCAAAAGAAGACGGUUAGACUCUGGGGAAAGAGAAACCCUGGCAGAAGAUGCCUCCAAAAUCAUGAAGCAAUCCCUUUCCAAACUGGCAAAGAAAUCUCAUGAUUCUCAUGAAGUUGAAGAAAAUGGCAGUAUCUUUGUAAGGCUUCUUAAAGCAUCAGGACUCACUCUUAAAACCGGAGAGAAUCAAAAUCAGCUAGGUGUGGAUCAGAUAAUCUUCCAGAGGAAGCUCUUUCAGGCCUUGAGGAAACAUCCUUCUUAUCCUAAAGUAAUAGAAGAGUUUGUUAACGGCCUGGAGUCCUACACCGAGGACUGUGACAAUCUCAGAAACUGCCUGCUGUCUUGUGAGCGCCUGCAGGAUGAGGAAGCCAGCAUGGGCACGUUUUACUCCAAGAGCCUCAUCAAGCUACUUCUGGGGAUUGACAUUUUACAGCCUGCCAUUAUCAAAAUGUUGUUUGAAAAAGUGCCACAGUUUCUUUUUGAAAAGGAGAGCAGUGAUGGAAUCAACAUGUCCCGACUCAUUAUCAAUCAGCUAAAAUGGCUGGAUAGAAUUGUGGAUAGCAAGGACCUCACGACUCAGAUGCUGCAGUUGAUCAGUGUUGCUCCAGUGAACUUACAGCAUGACUUCAUCACCAGCCUUCCUGAGAUCCUCGGGGAUUCCCAGCAUGCUACCGUGGGGAAAGAACUCAGUCAGCUCCUGAUGCAGAAUACUUCGCUGACUGUUCCAAUUUUAGAUGUCUUUUCCAGUCUUCAACUUGACCCAAAGUUCCUGUCUGAGAUCCGAAAGGUGGUGAUGGGCAAGCUGUCAUCCGUCCGUCUAGAGGAUUUACCCGUGAUAGUAAAGUUCAUUCUUCAUUCUGUAACAGACACCACUUCGCUGGAGGUGAUCUCUGAGCUUCGGGAGAAGUUGAAUGUGCAGCACUUCAUUUUGCCGUCACAAGUUCAGGCUUCCCAAAGCAAGCUGAAAAAUAAAGGAUCAGCAAGCUCUUCAAGAAAUCAAGAAAACAGCGAUAAGGACUGUGUUGUUCUUGUCUUUGACGUAAUAAAGUCAGCCAUUAGAUACGAGAAAACUAUUUCAGAAGCCUGGAUUAAGGCGAUUGAACGCAUUGAGUCAGUGGCUGAACAUAAGGCUUUAGACGUGGCGAUGCUACUCAUCUUCUACAGCACCAGCACACAGACAAAGAAGACCACUGAAAAGGUGCUGAGAAACAAGAUUCAGUCAGGCUGCAUUCAAGAGCAGCUCCUUGACAGCACCUUCUCUACACAUUACUUGGUUCUCAAGGAUAUUUGCCCAUCCAUUCUUUUACUGGCUCAGACUCUGUUUCACUCUCAGGACCAGAGGAUAGUUUUGUUUGGCAGUCUCCUAUACAAGCACGCUUUUAAGUUUUUUGAUACUUACUGCCAGCAGGAAGUGGUUGGUGCCCUAGUAACCCAUGUUUGCAGUGGGAAUGAGGCUGAAGCUGAUGCUGCAUUGGAUGUCCUCCUUGAGCUGACUGUACUAAGCUCCUCUGCUAUGAGGCUGAAUGCUGUGUUUGUUAAGGGCAUUUUAGAUUAUUUGGAGAAUAUGUCCCCUCAGCAAAUACGAAAAAUCUUCUGUAUUCUCAGCACACUAGCAUUUAGCCAGCAGCCUGGAACCAGCAACCAUAUUCAGGAUGACAUGCAUCUGGUGAUACGAAAGCAGCUCUCUAGCACUGUGUUCAAGUACAAGCUUAUUGGGAUCAUCGGUGCAGUCACCAUGGCCGGCGUCAUGGCAGAAGACAGAUGUGUACCAUCUAAUUCAUCCCAGAGGAGAGCUGAGUUGACCAGUGAGCAGUGCACACAGGUGACUUCUUUGCUGCAACUGGUUCAUUCUUGCACUGAGCACUCUCCUUGGGCCUCUUCUCUUUACUAUGAUGAAUUUGCCAACCUGAUCCAAGAAAGAAAGCUGGCUUCAAAAACCUUGGAAUGGGUUGGGCAGACCAUCUUUAAUGAUUUCCAAGAUGCCUUUGUGGUGGACUUCUGUGCUGUUCCUGAAGGUGAUUUUCCAUUUCCUGUGAAAGCACUCUAUGGACUGGAAGAAUACAGCACUCAAGAUGGCAUUGUCAUCAAUCUCCUGCCCCUGUACUUCCAGGAAUUUGUGAAAGAUGUCAGUCAAGUGACUUCCCAAGAAUCGAGACAAAAGUCAAUGUCUUCUCUGUGCCUGGCUUCCCAUUUCCGGCUGCUGAGACUCUGUGUAGCAAGACAACAUAACGGAAACUUGGAUGAGAUUGAUGGUCUCUUAGAUUGCCCUCUGUUCCUGCCUGACCUGGAACCUGGAGAGAAGCUGGAGUCCAUGUCUGCUAAAGAGCGUUCCCUCAUGUGUACACUCACAUUCCUUACUUUCAACUGGUUCAGAGAGGUUGUGAAUGCUUUCUGCCAACAAACAUCUCCUGAGAUGAAGGGCAAGGUUCUUAAUCGGCUGAAGGACCUUGUGGAACUUCAGGAAAUCCUAGAGACAUACUUGGCAGUCAUCCCAGACUAUGUUCCGCCUUUCGCAAAUGUUGACUUGGAUACUUUAGAUGUGGUACCUUGGAGCAGUUCUACUGUUUCAGCAAAAAACAGAAACAAAGCAAAGAUGGGGGGAAGGAAACAAAAAGCUGAUAGCAGCAAAGCAUCCUCCACUGACACACUUCCGACAGAAGAUGCUUCAGAAUGUGACCCGGCGCCGUCUGGAAAAAGCCAAGGAGACAAGGAGUCCACAGGGAAGGAAGGAAAGUCAUCUGUGUCACUGCAGAAUUACCGUGGUUUUCUCCGAGAGCUGGACAUUGAAGUCUUCUCUAUUCUACACUCUGGACUUGUGGCAAAGUUCAUCUUAGACACUGAAAUGCACACUGAAGCUACAGAAGUUGUACAGCUCGGGCCUGCUGAACUGCUUUUCUUGCUGGAAGAUCUUUCCCAGAAGUUAGAGAAUAUACUGACUCCUUCUUGUGCCAAGAGAAUCUGCUUCUUCAAGAAUAAAGGAAACCGGAAUAUUGGAUUCUCACAUCUUCAUCAGAGAUCUGUCCAGGACAUUGUGCAUUGUGUUGUUCAGCUGCUAACCCCAAUGUGUAACCAUCUGGAGAACAUUCACAACUACUUCCAGUGCCUAGGUGCUGAAAAUCUCAGUGUAGAUGACGAGCCAAGAGUGAACGCUCAGGAGCACCACACCAUGGCUUCCUGCUACCAGAAGCUGCUGCAAGUCCUUCAUGCACUCUUUGCGUGGAAAGGAUUUACUCACCAUUCAAACCAUCGCCUCCUGCGCUCAGCCCUAGAGGUCCUCUCGAGCCGGCUGAAACAGACUGAAAAGGAACAGCCCUUGGAGGAACUGGUCAGCCAGAGCUUCAAUUACUUGCAAAAUUUCCACCAGAGCAUUCCCAGUUUCCAGUGUGGUCUGUAUCUUCUCAGACUUUUGAUGGCCCUUCUGGAGAAAUCUGCAGUACCUACUCAGAAGAAAGAAAAACUUGCCUCCCUGGCCAAACAACUGCUUUGUCGAGCAUGGCCUCAUGGGGAAAAAGUGAAGAACACCGCUUUUAAUGACCACCUGCAUGAUUUGCUCUGCAUCUACCUGGAGCAUACAGACAACGUUCUAAAGGCCAUAGAAGAGAUCGCUGGUGUUGGUGUCCCCGAACUGGUUAAUGCUCCAAAAGAUGCAUCUUCCUCUACAUUCCCUACAUUGACCAGGCACACCUUUGUCAUUUUCUUCCGUGUGAUGAUGGCUGAACUGGAGAAGACAGUGAAAGGUCUUCAGGCUGGAACAGCAGCAGAUUCACAGCAGGUUCACGAAGAGAAGCUUCUCUAUUGGAACAUGGCUGUUCGGGACUUCAGUAUCCUUAUCAAUCUGAUGAAAGUAUUCGACAGUUAUCCUGUUCUGCACGCGUGUUUAAAGUAUGGACGUCACUUUGUGGAAGCAUUUCUGAAGCAGUGUAUGCCGCUCCUCGACUUCAGCUUUAGAAAACAUCGGGGAGAUAUUCUGAGCUUGCUGGAAACCCUUCAACUGAACACAAGGCUACUUCAUCACCUUUGUGGGCAUUCCAAGAUCCACCAGGACACAAGACUCACCAAACAUGUGCCUUUACUCAAAAAGUCCCUGGAGUUGUUAGUGUGCAGAGUCAAAGCCAUGCUUGUCCUCAACAACUGUAGAGAAGCGUUCUGGUUGGGCACUCUCAAAAACCGAGACUUACAGGGUGAAGAGAUUAUUUCCCAGAAUCCCUCUUCCCCAGAGAGCACUGCAGAGGACAGUGAGGAUGGCACGGCAUCCCACGUCUCCAGGAACAGAGCAACAGAGGAUGGAGAUGAAGAAGCAAGUGAUGGACAAAAGGACCAAGACAGUGAUGAAAGUGAUGACAGUUCGGAUUAGACCCCAGCCCAGGGACACGCUGUCCCUUCCUCACCUCUGUCAGCCUCUUACCAUUUUCUCUUUGGGGUUGGAAGUCUGGUCUCUACCUUUCUAACUAGAAGCAUCCUGUUGACCCUUCAAGAGGGUUUUUUUUAUUUAAUUAACCAAUCAGUGGAUUCCACAGAUUGGCUACCAACAACCAGGUCCCUGGCUGAGGAGUUGAAUGUAGCAUCUGUCGGUGGUUUGGAUAAACGUAGUUGUCUUGCGCUGCAGAGUAAAUGCUCUUUCUGGGCCUUGCAGGCUAGUUUUGG